AUGGGUUUGAAGACGUCGAAAGGCGCUGCUGGUGGGAUGGAAGGGAAAAAGAGGGAAGCUGGGAAGAAGAACAUGGAGGGGAAGGGGAAGGCUGCUGUGGCUAGCUCAUCUUCAAGGAAUAGCAAGGGAGUGGUGGGUGAAAUUCACAGUGGUGAAGGUGCGCAGGGGAGUGGGGAGGGGAAAAAGGCGGCAGGGUCGGCGAGAAGAAUCCGGGAUGAGAAUAUGAUGGGGAGGAAUAAAGGGCUGGCGGGGAAGGAUGUUCAUAAGCUGGGUGAGUCGCAAGGCACACGAAAGCAGGCAGGGAUGCAAGCGACAAAGCUGGCUCGACCGAGGACUGACAAGUGA